GUGAGCUCACCUGGAUCACCGUGGAUCCUCCGCGCUCCGACCCUCUCCUCCCAGGCCGGUGGACACCAGGCAACUUCACGGCUGCAGGAGACCCCGAACUUAAAUUCACUGCUGAAGAUUAACGGCCAACGAUGAGAAGGCCCGGUUUAUGGAAAUUACUAUUUGGAGGUUUCUUCAUUUUCUGGCUGAUCAUCAAUUUCAAUCAAAACCCAAAGAAAUGCGGCUGCGACAGAAACCGGAGUCUGGAUCUGCCGGUGUUACAGAUUCUCCAGCGAAGCGCUCGGCUCUUUGACGUGGAAUCCGAGGCGUUGGGGGCUCUGGGGGUCCCGUAUAUCCGCCUGCUGGGCUCUCCCCCCGCUGACAGGCGGUUCCUGACCGUCGGGAUUUCUUCAGUCAGGAGGAAGAAAGGAGACUACCUGGAGAACACGAUCCGAUCGCUCCUCGGCCGCUCGAGCCCGGAAGAGCUGCAGCAGCUGCUGAUCGUCAUCUUCUUGGCCAACGCCGAUCACGUUUUGAAUCUCGAGACGGCGGAGAGGCUCGCCGACCAAUUCCAAUCGGCGAUCGAUGCCGGGCGUAUCGUAGUGAUCAGCAGCCCCCGCGAGGCUUAUCCAACGUUAGAGGGUCUCAAGCGGAACUAUAAUGACUCCCCAGAAAGAGUCAAAUUCAGGUCAAAGCAGAACAUAGACUACGCUUUCCUAGUAAACUACUGCGCCAACCUGUCUGAGUAUUACAUCAUGCUGGAGGAUGAUGUCACGUGUGCCAGUAACUUCCUGAGCUCUAUUAAAGCCUUCGUGGCCUCUCAGAGCACUCCGUGGACCACCGUCACAUUUUCAAAUCUGGGCUACAUCGGGAAGCUCUACCACAGCGCGGAUCUCCCCAAACUGGCGCGGUUCCUGCUCUUGUUCUAUGACGAGAUGCCCUGCGAUUGGCUGUUAGAUCAUUUCCUCAGAUCCAAAGCGCAAAGUCACAUCAUCCGCGUCAAACCCUCUCUUUUCCAGCACGUGGGAAGAUUCUCCUCCUUCCAGGCCGACUGGAAUAACUUAAAAGACGUGGACUUUGUGGAAAGUGUUAAAAAGUAUGGCGACGAGCCGCCCGCCACCUGCUUGACGAGCAUGCAGGCUUAUCUACUAAACGACGCGGGAAAUGUUUGUAAUUCUGGUCGGGGAUUCUUUUGGGGUCAGAACAUAAAAUCUAAUGACUCUUUCACUAUGAUUUUUCAUGAACCGGUAAACAUUAAAAAAAUCCAUGUAAUCACCGGCUCUCCGGAUCACCCCGGCGACAUUCUGAAAGUGGGUCACCUGGAACUGGGGCGACAGCAAACGCAAGACAAGAAAAGCUGCAAAUUCUUUACAAAAAUCGGGGAUUUUCAUCAUGGAGAGCUUUCCGUUUCCAUGGACGACGUCUCAGGAGAAGCGAUCGGCUGCCUCAGGAUACUGGCCUCGGCCUCCCAAACGGAGUGGGUGAUCAUACAGAAAGUGGGGAUCUGGCUCAGCAAAGACUGACGAGAAAACAGUCUAGAGGGGGAAAUCCUGCCCAUCGCUUUUAUUUAUAUAGCGGCAGCAACGUGCGCGGCGCGUCAUACAAUACCUACGACAAGAUUAGAACAGACAGGCCAAGAUGAACUGACACAUUAGGCAGGGAGGGCUCGGCUCGCAAGCUCACAAUCUAGUCGUUGAAAACAUUCCUAGACACUCCUUACCAGAGGGACCUUUAUAAACAGCCGUGAGCACGAAGAACCGUUCCUACGAAUGAUAUUUAAACCAAAGCAUGGGUUACGGGUAUUGUCUGAAUAAAGAAAUAAAGUCAAA